AUGAAAAUCUUGACGGAUCACAUCCUGAGCACGGAGCGUUUGUGGAAGGAGUUGCUCCAGCUCAACGAUCAAUUUUUCUUCUCCGCCCCUUCUCCAGGAUCGUACUUUCGACCGAUCUUGGACAGUUGCCGGUACUUCAAGGGCUUGGAGGGCAAAUAUGAAUUUGAUUUGCAUUUCAUCCUGCAAGAAAAAGGCUGUAAGGCGGGCGACUGGUUUGGAAAUCGCAGUAUUUCAGCGGAGGUCAACCUGAAAGCCGGCAUUUACAAGGUCCUCGCUAAGAUUGAAGCCCCGCACAAUGCCGAUGCUCCUGAAGUGCAAGAUGUGGCAGUCAAGUUUGUGGAGACGAAUCCCCGGAAGCUGAGGGAGAUAUCAUAUGACAUUGCUAAGGAGGAAGCGAGAGCAGAAGCAAAGGGGGGAUACCAGAAGAAGAAAAAGCAAAUCGAGGAAGAAGCAAGAGAGAUGGAGGAAUCCGAGGCAUGGAAGAAGGAAGAGAAAGUUAGUACGAAACUUGGAAGAGAGAGAAGAUCGAACAAAGGAGCUAAAGGCGAGCAGGAUCAGGCACUAGCUCCUGGCCACACUGACAAGAUCGAACACGACGCGUCAUCUCCUACCACUGUGCAUGAAGAGCGGCCUGGGGUGAAGGCCAAAGUGACAGAAGACGAUGCAAUUGAAGCGCGUAGCAAGCCAGAGACCAAGACCAAUGUCGCCAGCGACGAUGAACAGGAAACCCAAGAUGCAACCGAGAACUUACUGCUACCGAAGGUAGAGGGUCAGACCGCGCCACCUUCAACGGUAGACAGUCCUGGCCCGUCUAGACCCAUGUACGGACAACCACACGGCGUGUAUGGCGAUGCGCCUCCACCACCACAGCAGCAGCAGUCUCCUCCUGCUCGUCUAGACAAUACUUCUGGGCCCUGGAACGCUGUAUGCGUCUUGGGUCUCAGAAUAUACAGCCAAGAUCCAGAGAUCAGCAUCCAGCUAAUCAAGCCAAAGGACGUAGAGGAAGGCGCCAUCCUAGACGUUGAUGGAGACACGCCGGCUGGAGCGACAAUGUGA